AUGGCGGUCCUUCCGGUGUUUAUGAUACUUCUGAUAGGCAGUAGCCUAUCACAGGAGCUAGAAGAUAAACCGAAACUCUCAAAACUGCUCGAAGGCAACGGCAUCAAAGACACACCUUCAGGCAAGGGGGUGAAGCGGCAGGUGUUCUCCACGAGUUUGGGGGGCUUUGGGGGCGUGGGGGGCUUGGGGAGCUUGGGGUCACUCAGCACAGGACUAGGGUCUAUAGGGACCCCUAUAUCUAGCCUAGGCUCGCCAAUAAGCGCGCCAGUAAGCCUCGCCGCUCCAGUCGGGAUCCCGACAGCGCCAGUCGCAGUUGCCCCUUCAGCACCAGUUGCAGUCGCUCCCGUACAAACAUCUGUCGAUAUAGCCCCCAACCCGGUCGUUCUCCGACAGGAAGUACCCAGAUUCAUCACCAGAACGAUCACAAGAAACGUUCAAGUACCAGUCCAAGUACCAGUGCCUUACCCUGUUGAACGCCAAGUACCAGUACCUUAUAACGUACCAGUCCCAGUACCUGUCGACAGACCGGUACCUGUUCCGGUAGUGCAUAAAGUACCUGUUGAAGUUACAAGGCAUGUCCCUGUGUAUUAUGAGAGGAAGGUCCCGUAUCCGGUAAAAGUACCGGUGCACGUACCGCAGCCGUAUCCGGUGACUGUGGACCGUCCGGUGCCGGUGGACAGGCCGGUGUAUGUUGACCGUCCGGUGCCUGUACCACAGCCGGUGUAUGUGGACCGUCCGGUAAAUGUGCCAAUCCCUGUGCAAGUGGACAGACCUGUGCCUGUUCCACAGCCCGUGGUAGUGGACAGGCCGGUGGCCGUGCCGUCGCCUGUGGUGGUCAGCCGACCUGUUCCCAUCGCGCCUGCUAUACAAACUGUCCCCGCUGUGUCUACAGUCCCCAUCUCGAGUGGAUUCCCGCUGGGAGGCCUGGGAGGCCUGCCCACAGGCCUAGGCGGCUUAUCAACAGGUCUGGGCAGCUCUCUUGACCUAUCCAACUCAAUUUCAAAUACGCUCGCUCUUAAUGGACGCUAAUUUAUUGUACCUUUUGAAUAUUGUAUUAAUUUAUUGA